AUGGGUUGUGUGAUUCAACCUCCAAGUGCUUGUUGCUCUCCUUUAUAUUUUCUGUCUUUAUUUUUCAAUAAAUCCAUAAUCCUAUUAGAACUGAGCAAAACCAAGUGGCAGAAGAGCGUCAGCCUUGCUAUUGAGAAAAGAGGCCAAGUUAUCACGGACACAUUUGAUGACAUUGAGCUCCAGUGGCGCUCUGUGGCCAAAUCAUCAAAGAAUACUUGCAGCACAACCAAGAGCCAAAGUGAUGGUCAUGGUGAUGGAUGCAGAGAAGAGAAAUUUGAGUGGAGCUUUGAAUUAACUUUUGAUAAGAAACACAGAGCAAAAGUGAUAGACUCCUACAUGCCUUUUGUGCUUGCUCAGGCUGAGUCCAUCAAACAAAGGGAGAGGGUUCUGAAGCUUCAUUGCGUUGACAAUGAUCCCUAUGGGGGUUCCAAGAGUUGCAUAGACCUCGUGCACCCUGCAACUUUCGAGACGAUGGCAAUGGAUCCAGAGCUCAAGAAGAUGGUUAUGGAUGACUUGGACAGGUUUGUGAGGAGAAGGGAGUUGUACAAGAAGGUUGGGAAGGCUUGGAAAAGAGGGUAUUUGUUGUACGGUCCACCUGGUACUGGAAAAUCGAGCUUGAUUGCAGCCAUGGCAAAUUAUCUCAAGUUUGAUAUAUAUGAUCUGGAGCUUUCUAACAUUCAUGGCAACUCUGAAUUGAGGAGGGUUUUACUUUCUACAUCUAAUCGUUCUAUUGUGGUUGUGGAGGAUAUUGAUUGCGGUGUGCAAAUCAGAGGUAGGGAAUCAGCUGAGCCUUCUAAAAGCUAUGCACUUCAUGUAGGCAAGUUCACCCUAUCGGGUCUAUUGAACUUCAUGGAUGGUCUGUGGUCGUGCUGCGGCGAUGAGCGAAUAAUUGUGCUCACCACCAAUCACAAGGAGAGAUUAGACCCGGCAUUGUUGCGUCCUGGUCAUAUGGACUUGCACAUUCACCUGUCAUAUUGCACUCCAAGUGGGUUCAGAGUCUUGGCCUCUAACUACCUUGGCAUUCAUGAAAGCAGCCCUCAUCACCUCUUUGGAGAAAUUGAAAGCUUGAUAAAGAGCACAGAGGUCACCCCUGCAGCUAUAGCAGAGGAGCUUAUGAAGAAUGAUGAUGCAGAUGUUGUUCUGGAAGGACUUGUCAAAUUCCUCAAAGAAAUGAAGGCUGCAGAUGAUAAAAUGAAGUCAAAAAAGGCUGAAAAAGCUGAGCAGGAAAGGAUUAAGAAAGCGGAAGAAGGGAGUAAAAAAGGAAUUAAGGAGAGGACUAGCAAAGCAAAGGAGAUAGGGACUGAGAAGGGAAAGGAGGAAGGGGCUAACAAAGCAAGUAUUCAGGAAAGGGAAAAUUGGUAG